GCUGGUCACGUGACGGAGCCCUAUUUGAGUGAAAGGAGAGGAGAGGAGAGCCUGCAGGAUGCGGCCAGAAAGGAGCCGAGCAUCCGGCUGAGCUCAGCUCCCCUCCGCAGCCUCCAGCAGGCUGCUGACCGGGGACACUUCAGUUUAAAACAACAACAACAACAACAACAACAACACGUCAUCCAACCAACCAACGCGAACAUCCUCCUCCUCAUCUUCAUCAGAGCAGCGCCGAGGACGCGCGUGCAGGCGAAACCCUUCUCACAACCACGAGAAAGAGAAAGCGCCGGCGAGGGCAGCGUGCGUCUCGGCUGCUUCCUGGGUUGCAGGAUGGAUGAGCAGAGAUGUUCCCUCCCUCCCCCCCUCAAAACAGAAGAGGACUACAUCCCCUACCCCAGCGUUCACGAGGUUCUUGGUCGCACGAGCCCCUUCCCGCUGGUCCUGCUGCCCCAGUUCGGAGGCUACUGGAUCGAGGGGAACAACCAUGAGCUCAAAGAGCCGCCGGAGGCCGGUCAGCCGGCGUGCCCCCCCUCCCUCGUCAAGCUGGAGACAAACGGCAGCGCCAAGAUCUACAGGAAGCAAUUCGUGGGCAAGGAACACUUUAAUUAUUACACCACGGAUGCUGCCCUGGGCCACUUGGUCUUUUCCAUGAAGUACGAUGUCAUUGGGGAUCAGGAGCAUCUGCGCUUGAUGCUUCGCACAAAGCUAAAAACUCACCAUGAUGUCAUUCCCAUCUCCUGCCUCACCGAGUUCCCCAAUGUGGUUCAGAUGGCCAAGCUGGUGUGCGAAGAGGUGAACGUGGACCGGUUUUACCCCGUCCUCUACCCGAAGGCCUCCAGGCUCAUCGUCACCUUCGACGAGCACGUGAUCAGCAACAACUUCAAGUUCGGGGUUAUUUAUCAGAAGUUUGGCCAGACAUCGGAGGAGGAGCUGUUUGGGAACAUGGAAGAGAGUCCUUCUUUUGUCGAGUUCUUGGAGUUUCUGGGCCACAAGAUUGAGCUGCAUGACUUUAAAGGCUUUCGAGGCGGCCUGGACGUGGCUCACGGGCAGACCGGGACAGAAUCGGUCUACACGACUUUCCAUAAUAAGGAGAUUAUGUUCCACGUGUCAACCAAGCUGCCUUACACAGAGGGAGACUCGCAGCAGCUGCAGCGGAAGCGGCACAUAGGCAACGACAUCGUGGCCAUCGUGUUCCAGGAGGAGAACACGCCCUUCGUGCCGGACAUGAUCCAAUCCAACUUCCUGCACGCGUACGUGGUGGUGCAGGUGGAGAACGCGUGCACGGACAACGUCACCUACAAGGUGUCCGUGACCGCCCGGGACGACGUGCCUUUCUUCGGGCCCGCUCUGCCCGACCCGGCCGUCUUCACCAAGGGCCCCGAGUUCCGCGAGUUCCUCUUCACGAAGCUCAUCAACGCAGAGUACGCCUGCUACAAGGCCGAGAAGUUCGCCAAGCUGGAGGAGCGCACGCGCUCGGCCCUGCUGGAGACCCUGUACGAGGAGCUGCACCUGAACAGCCAGUCCAUGAUGGGCCUGGGCGGAGACGAGGACAAGCUGGAGAACGGUGCCGGCGCCGGCGGGGGAGGCUUCUUUGAAUCCUUCAAGCGGGUCAUCCGCAGCAGAAGCCAGUCUAUGGACGCCAUGGGCCUCAGUAACAAGAAGCCACACACAGUCUCCACUAGUCACAGCGGCAGCUUUACCCACAAUCCCGCAGAGAGCCCCAAAACCCCGGGGAUUUCAUUGCUCGUUCCAGGGAAAAGUCCCAGUAAAUAUGGACGGCGAGGCAGUGCCAUAGGGAUAGGAACCAUAGAAGAGUCAUUGAUCAUUCCUGGGAAAAGCCCAACGAGGAAGAAGUCCGGACCCUUCAGCUCCCGUCGCAGCAGCGCCAUCGGCAUCGAGAACAUCCAGGAGGUCCAAGAGAGGAGCCGAGACGUGUCACCCUGCACCAUCAGGCCGCUGGAGGGAACCCACUUUUUGCUGGAAAACAAAUCAGACAACUCCUCCAAUCACAGCUCUCCGGAGUUCCCUCCUACCAAGAACAGUUUGGCGAUGUGUUGCAGGGCGCCGUCCAUCCCCGAGGCUCAGGACCUUUCCCGCUCCUCCUCCAACGCCAGCAGCUUCGCCAGCGUGGUCGAGGAGCACGAGAACGACCCCGAGGCGGCGGCGGCGGCGGAGGAGGAGGAGGAGGAGGAGGAAGAGUACGACACUGGACUGGAAAGUGCGUCCUGUGGGACGCCGCUCAAGGGGGAGUCCUUUGUGUACAGCAGCGCGGCGGACGACGAGGCUGGCGGCGCCAGUCAGGGACGUUUCUCUGCGCCUCGUCCUCAGCAGCGAGCGGAGGCAGCGAAGACGCCGCAGCCGAGAGGGACAGACGGACGGCCCCCGCAGGACCACAAGUCCUCCUCGAACUGUUAGCCGCCCCCCCCCCCCCCCCCUCCCCCGCCCCCCCC